AUGUUAGCACACUCUGAACUUGCUGAUAUUUUAAUAGAACAAUCUAAAUUAUUUCAUGAAUUAUAUCAUGAUAAUUUAAUGAAAAUGACAGCAAAAUUAGAUGAUUUUCAAAGAAUUCGUACAUUAGGACGUGGUGGUUUUGGUCAUGUUCUAUUAGUACGUCAAAUUUAUACGGAUAAAUAUUUUGCAUUAAAAAUAUUAUCUAAAAUACAAGUUAUUAAAAAUCAUCAAAUUCAUAAUGCGAUUAAUGAGAAACGUAUAUUAGCUGCAUGUAAUUUUACAUUUAUUAUACCAUUAUAUUAUAGUUUUAAAGAUAAUAGUAAUUUAUAUCUGGUUAUGGAAUAUGCAAUAGGUGGUGAUUUAUUUACAUUAUUACGUAAUAUGAAACAAUUCCCUAAUGAAAUGGUCAAAUUCUAUGGUGCUCAAGUGAUAUUAGCAUUUGAAUAUUUACAUUAUUUAGCAAUAGUUUAUCGUGAUUUAAAACCAGAAAAUCUUUUAAUUCAUUCUAAUGGUUUUAUUAAAUUAACUGAUUUAGGUUUUGCUAAAUUAUUACCUAAACAUAAACGUACAUGGACCUUAUGUGGUACACCAGAUUAUAUGGCACCAGAGAUUAUAUUAAAUAAAGGUUAUCAUCAUUCAGUUGAUUGGUGGGCAUUUGGUAUAUUAUUAUAUGAAAUGACUACUGGUUAUCCACCAUUUAUGCAUUAUGAUCAAAUGAAAACAUUUGAAUUAAUUAUUAUUGGUGAUAUUACAUUUACAAAUCAUUUUAAUCCAUUAUUAAAAGAUUUAAUAAGGAAUUUAAUACAAAUUGAUUUAAGUCGACGUUAUGGUAAUUUAAAAAAUGGUAUCCAUGAUAUUAAAAAUCAUGAUUAUUUUAAAGAUUUAAAUUGGUUACAAUUAUAUCAAUUGAAUAUUGAACCUCCUUAUAAACCAUUAUGUAAUCAUAAUAAUAAUAAUAAUUUACAAGAUAUAAAUCAUUUUAAUUGUUCUAAUGAAUUCAAUUUCAAUAUUGCUGAAAAAGAACAAUUUGAAAAUAGUUUUGAUGAUUUUUGA